AUGGGUGAGGUGACAGCAGAGGAGGUGGAGAAGUUCCUGGACUCGAAUAUUGGCUUUGCCAAACAGUACUACGACCUCCAUUACCGGGCCAAGGUCAUCUCAGACCUCCUCGGGCCAAGGGAGGCAGCCGUGGACUUUAGCAACUACCACCAGCUGAGCAGCGUGGAAGAGAGUGAAAUCAUCUUUGAUCUCCUGAGGGACCUUCAGGAGAAUUUACAGGCUGAGAAGUGUACCUUUAAUGUCAUGAAGAGGCUGUGCUUCCUCCUGCAGGCAGACCGUAUGAGCCUGUUCAUGUACAGGGCGCGCAAUGGCAUCGGAGAGCUAGCCACCCGACUCUUCAGUGUCCACAAGGAUGCUGUCUUUGAGGAAUGCCUUGUGAUGCCCGAUUCCGAGAUCGUCUUUCCGUUGGACAUGGGCGUCGUGGGCCAUGUCGCACAGUCUAAGAAGAUCGUCAAUGUCCCCAACACAGAAGAGGAUGAGCAUUUUUGUGACUUUGUGGACAACCUCACAGAGUACAAGACCAAGAAUAUUUUGGCUACACCCAUAAUGAAUGGGAAAGACUUGGUGGCCGUGAUGAUGGCUGUGAAUAAAGUAGAUGGAUCCCACUUCACCAAGACAGAUGAAGAGAUUCUUCUCAAGUACCUCAAUUUUGCAAAUCUACUCAUGAAGGUACACCAUCUGAGUUACCUGUACAACUGUGAGACUCGGCGUGGCCAGAUACUACUUUGGUCCGGGAGCAAAGUCUUUGAAGAACUUACAGACAUCGAGAGACAGUUUCACAAAGCCCUGUACACAGUCCGUGCCUUCCUCAACUGUGAUAGAUACUCUGUGGGUCUCUUAGACAUGACCAAGCAGAAGGAAUUUUUUGAUGUCUGGCCAGUUCUGAUGGGUGAAGCUCCUCCCUACACUGGUCCCAGGACUCCGGAUGGAAGGGAAAUUAACUUUUACAAGGUCAUUGACUACAUCCUGCAUGGCAAAGAAGACAUCAAAGUAAUCCCGAAUCCACCUCCUGACCACUGGGCUUUAGUAAGUGGUCUCCCCACUUAUGUUGCCCAAAAUGGCCUGAUUUGCAACAUCAUGAACGCAUCUGCCGAGGACACUUUUGCAUUUCAGAAAGAGCCUCUGGAUGAUUCUGGAUGGAUGAAAAACGUCCUUUCAAUGCCGAUUGUGAACAAGAAGGAAGAAAUUGUUGGGGUGGCCACGUUCUACAAUCGCAAAGACGGGAAGCCCUUUGAUGAAAUGGAUGAGACACUCAUGGAGUCAUUGACUCAAUUCCUGGGCUGGUCUGUCCUAAAUCCUGACACCUAUGAGUCCAUGAACAAACUUGAAAACCGGAAGGAUAUUUUCCAAGACAUUGUAAAAUAUCAUGUGAAGUGUGACAAUGAAGAAAUUCAGAAAAUCUUGAAAACCAGAGAGGUGUAUGGGAAGGAACCAUGGGAUUGUGAGGAAGAGGAGCUGACUGAGAUCCUGCAGGGAGAGCUGCCAGAUGUAGAAAAAUAUGAAAUCAAUAAAUUCCACUUCAGUGACUUACCCCUCACAGAACUGGAGCUGGUGAAAUGUGGGAUACAGAUGUAUUAUGAGCUCAAAGUAGUGGAGAAAUUCCACAUUCCACAAGAGGCACUGGUGCGAUUCAUGUACUCCCUGAGUAAGGGCUACCGCAAGAUCACCUACCACAACUGGCGGCAUGGCUUCAACGUGGGACAGACCAUGUUCUCCUUGCUGGUGACAGGAAAGCUGAAGCGAUACUUCACUGACCUAGAGGCCUUGGCCAUGGUCACUGCUGCCUUCUGCCAUGACAUUGACCACAGAGGCACCAACAACCUCUACCAGAUGAAAUCCCAGAACCCACUGGCCAAGCUCCAUGGGUCCUCCAUCUUGGAAAGACAUCACCUGGAGUUUGGCAAAACACUGCUGAGAGAUGAGAGUCUGAAUAUCUUUCAAAACCUCAACCGCCGACAGCAUGAGCACGCAAUCCACAUGAUGGACAUUGCAAUCAUUGCCACAGACCUUGCCCUGUACUUCAAGAAAAGGACGAUGUUCCAGAAGAUUGUGGAUCAGUCCAAGACAUAUGAAAAUGAACAGGAAUGGACACAAUACAUGAUGUUGGAGCAGACACGGAAGGAAAUCGUUAUGGCCAUGAUGAUGACUGCCUGUGAUCUCUCAGCCAUCACCAAGCCCUGGGAAGUACAGAGCAAGGUGGCUCUGCUGGUGGCUGCGGAGUUCUGGGAGCAAGGUGACCUGGAACGUACAGUGCUGCAGCAGAAUCCCAUUCCCAUGAUGGACAGAAACAAGGCAGACGAACUCCCUAAGCUUCAAGUCGGCUUCAUUGACUUUGUCUGCACCUUUGUCUAUAAGGAAUUCUCUCGUUUCCAUGAGGAGAUCACCCCCAUGCUGGACGGGAUCACCAACAACCGCAAGGAAUGGAAGGCGCUCGCUGACGAGUACGAGGCCAAGAUGAAGGCGCUGGAGGAGGAGAAGCAGAAGCAGCAGGAGGCCCAGCAAGCAGCCUCUGGAAACCAGCCUGGGGGGAAUCCCAAUCCUGGGGGCGCAACUGCAUCCAAGUCCUGCUGCAUCCAGUAGCCCCUCCAGGCUGCUGGUGGUCAGAAUGGCACCAUCCAUUCAUGGGAAGAGGUCAUCCAAGCCAACGGAAAAGUCACACACCUUGAGAAGUGAACGCGCCGCAGGAUUUGAGAGAUGAUGGAGAAUUGGCUUACAUCUCAUCUAGUGGAUUUUGAACAUUUUUUGUUUUUUAGCCUUGAGAACUGUCCAUUGAGCUAAAACCAAUAUUCUAAUUAGAUGUAAGAUUCACCUGCUUGCUUAGAAUCAUUUUCAUUCUUAUACUUUUGUUUAAUGUUCAUUAUAUAAGUUUUUGGUUACUCUCAAAGUAGAAAAUUAUAAACCAAAUCCCAGAUACCCAUCACCCAGAUGUGAAUAUCAAGAUUUGGCUACAUUUGCUUCAUCUAACUUCUUACGUUUCUUUUUCAACUUUUUUCUUGCUGAAAUACUUAAAGGUAAAUUCCUCAUAUCUUUUCACUCCUCUAUUACAUCUUGAAAGGACUAAGGGCAUGUUCCAGCAUAAGCAUGUAAUCACAUGCAGCACAUGAACAGCUCAUGCCCCAUCAUGGUGGACGCUGUGAUAGUCAUGCAGGUCGGUCUUGGAUGACAAAGUCCUUCUAUAAGGGACAUGGGGCCCCAGGAACUGUGAGCGCUGUCCUCAGACAGCCCUCAGUGUCAGCCCCUUCAGGGUUUUCCUCAGGCACAGGGACACUCUUUGUAUGUCCCAGAGUGGCCUAUACCCAGUGACUAAUUCAUGCCAGGGAAGCCUGGUCAUCUUGGCCCAACAUAGGACAAACCUGCAAGGCCAUUCUGGCUCCAGGCCUCCUGUGGGGGUCCAUCGGGCUACUGCUAAGUUCCCAUCAC